AUGGCCGAAUCCAGCAGCAGUAGCAGCAGCAGCAGCGCGUGCUCCAGCCCAAGUCCCAGUAGUGGCAGUGCGAGCCCCAGCCCAAGUCUAAGCAGCAUCGCUUCUCCUUCUGCGCCUCCAUCCCCUCCACCUCGUGCCACUCCGACGAACGACGCGACGAGCGCGACGGAUGCCGUCUCCUCAUCUACUGAGUCGAAGAAAGUGCGUACCGAUGAUCUUCCAAACGAUUCAGUGACCAAGCAGAUGGUGGAUAAAAAAGCGUCGUCGAGUGCUUCGUUUGAUGCGCCCAAGGCGCCGCUCUUGUCCACAGCCGAGCGCGAGGCGCUUCGUCGUGAGGAAGAGCAGGUCUUGCACGACCAGCGCGACCGGCAGCUCAAGUCGCUGGACCUGGUCAAGCAGAAUCUGACGCAGGACGUGGAAUGGAGCGCCAAGUCGGCGCGUGAGAAGAAAAUGGCGUUUCUUAUGGCCCAAUCCGAUGUCUUUACAUCGUUUCUCAUGGGCGGCAGUAGCGCUGUGGGCAAAGAAAUGUCCCGCAGUAAGAAGGCUGCUGCUGCCAAAGACGCUGGCUCGAAACGAGGCAAGAGCAGCAAACAGGCGGACGCUCAAGCGCUGCAGGACAUGGAUGACGCGCGGUAUACGCGUAUCACGCAGCAGCCGUCAAGUAUUUGCUUUGGCACGAUGAAACCGUACCAGCUCGAAGGUCUGAAUUGGAUGAUUCGACUUCAUGACUCGGGCGUGAACGGUAUCUUGGCCGAUGAAAUGGGACUGGGCAAGACCUUGCAGAGCAUCUCGUUACUUGCGUACUUGAGGGAGGCGAGGGGUAUCGAAGGGCCUCAUAUCAUCAUUGUGCCUAAAAGUACAGUCGGCAAUUGGAUGAAAGAACUAAAGCGAUGGUGUCCAUCGAUUAACGCGUUCAAGUUUAUGGGUAGCAAAGAUGAGCGGGCACUGCAGAGAGAGACGGUGGCGAAACGGAACUUUGACGCCUUGGUGCUGUCAUACGAAGUGGCGAUUAUUGAAAAGGCCAUUUUGCAGAAGAUCAAGUGGAAGUACUUGCUCAUUGACGAAGCACAUCGCGUAAAGAAUGAGAAUUCGAAGCUUUCUCGCGUUGUGCGCGAGUUCAAGGUUGAACACCGACUACUGAUUACAGGCACCCCGUUGCAGAAUAAUUUACACGAGUUAUGGGCGCUGCUGAAUUUCUUGCUGCCUGACAUUUUCUCGGAUGCAGAAGACUUUGACUCGUGGUUCAAUGUGGACGAAGAAGAAGGACAGGAAAACGUGAUUAAGAAGUUGCACACGAUAUUGCGUCCUUUCUUGCUGCGGCGUUUGAAGGCAGAUGUGGAGCACUCUUUGCCGCCAAAAAUUGAAACUAAGCUUUAUGUUGGUUUGUCUGAGAUGCAACGUGAGUGGUACAUGCACGUGCUACAUCGUGAUGCGACGCAUCUGAAUGCAAUUGGUGGUAGUGAUCGCGUGCGUCUGCUGAAUAUUUUGAUGCAGUUGCGAAAGGUAUGCAACCAUCCGUACUUGUUUGAGGGUGCGGAGCCUGGUCCGCCAUACCAGGAGGGACCUCACCUAUGGGAUAACUGCGGUAAGAUGACUUUGCUGCACAAGCUCCUGCCAAAACUUCGGGCGCAAGGCUCGCGUGUGCUGAUUUUCUGCCAGAUGACGUCUAUGAUGGAUAUCUUGGAGGAUUACAUGCGGUAUUUUAGUCACGACUACUGUCGAUUGGAUGGAUCGACAAAGGGCGAAGACCGCGAUAAUAUGAUGGAGGAGUUCAAUGCUCCAGGGAGUACCAAAUUCUGCUUCUUGCUGAGUACGCGUGCCGGUGGUCUCGGGAUUAACUUGGCCACGGCUGAUAUCGUGAUUCUAUUUGACUCGGACUGGAACCCACAGGUGGAUCUUCAGGCUAUGGAUCGUGCACACCGCAUCGGUCAGACAAAGAUUGUGCGCGUGUUUCGUUUCAUUACUGAUGGCACGGUAGAAGAGAAAAUCGUGGAGCGUGCAGAGCGGAAGCUGUACCUUGAUGCUGCUAUCAUUCAGCAGGGUCGACUUGCACAACAAAAUCGGAAGCUGUCCAAAGAUGAGCUGAUGACAAUGGUGCGCUUUGGUGCCGACGAAAUCUUCAACGCUCGAGGAUCGAUGAUUACGGACGACGAUAUCGACGCUAUUCUGGCUCGUGGUGAAGAACGCACCGAGUCGAUGAAAGGCAAAAUUGCGGCUGACAUGCAGCACAAUCUGGCGAAUUUCUCUCUGUCAGGUGACAACGGCAAUGCUAACGUCUCAAGUCUGUAUGAGUUUGAGGGAGAAGUGUUUUUGAAGGACUCGAAUAGCGGAGACGUUCUACCUUCGACGUUUAUUGCUCUUCCUCAGCGUGAGCGCAAGUCCAACUACAACGAAGACGAGUACUAUCGUCAGCAGGCAGGCUUGUCGAAGCCGAAGAAAGCUAAGAAGUCUGGCUCGGACGCUGCAAAGGUCCCUGUUGUGCACGAUUACCAGUUUUUUCAGCAGGAACGUAUGGUGGCAUUGCUCACGAAGAAGACUCUGGUUGAGAACCGUCGAAAGGAACUUACUCGACUCAUAAAAGAAGCCAAAGCUGAUGAAAGUCAGGAAGAAGAAGGUGAUGAUGCUCGCUCUGCUGCUCUCGAGAAGGAGUUGAAUAUGACGGAAAUGGAUGCCGCAGACGUGAAGGAGCUCGGAGCUCUUGAAAAAGAGGGUUUCGGCGACUGGACGCGGCGAGACCUAAAGCAGUUUAUCACGAGCUGUGAGCGUUACGGUCGCGCUGACAAGGCACGCGUAUGUGAGGAGGUCUCGCAAGUUCUUGGUAAGGAUCCUGCACAAGUGGAACGUUAUUACGACACCUUUUGGUCUCGCUUUACGGAGCUUAAGGACCACGCAAAAUACAUCGAGAAGAUUGAGCGAGGUGAGAAGCGAUUGGAGCGCAACGAAGUGGUGAAGCAGGCUCUGGCGCGCAAAUGCAGCCGGUACAGUCAUCCGCUUCGUGACAUGCGGUUGCACUACCCAGCUGGCUAUAAGAGCAAGGGCUACAUCCUCGAAGAAGACGUGUUUCUUGUGGUCAUGAUGAACAAGUACGGUCCACUGGAGCACUGGGGUGAGAUCCGGGACGAGAUCCGCAAGGCAUGGCAAUUCCGUUUCGACUGGUUUUUCAAGUCGCGUACCAUCGCUGAGCUCCAAAAGCGCGGUGAAGUUUUGACGCGCAUGGUUGAGCGCGAGAAUGACGAGCUGAAGAGCCGCAAUAGCAAGGACGAGGACGACCUUGCAAAGAAGGCGAAGAAGAGCAGCUCUUCGCGCUCCAAGUCAAAGAGCAAGAACACCAGCAGUAGCAGCCGUAGCAAGACGUCAAGCUCUAGCUCAAGCAAGAAGCGCAGUAACUCGUCCAAGCAGUCGGUAUCAUCGUCUUCCGCGAAGAAGCCGCGUUCCAGCUAA